UGGAACUCAAAAUGAUGCUGUCCUUAUCAAGAAGAUGCUUGUAUCCAAGACAAAAGGGUUUAUUUGGUCUUAUCAGUUGCAGAUGGUAUUCUUCGCCUCCAAAGGUUGAUUAUCCACCAAGCGUUUUACAACUACAGGUUGGCAAAAUUGUUCACUGCCAGAACCACCCGAACAGCAAUUUUUUGUAUGUCGCAAAUGUAUUGGUCAAUGAUGUCGAGAAGGCUAAAUUGGAAGAGAUUAAGAAGGAUUUACAAGCGCUUAAACCCGAUGAACUCGAGGUUAAUAAUAUGGAUGUGAUUACGAUUUUGACGGGAUUGGUUGAUAUUGUUCCACUUGAGGAGAUGAUUGAUAGAAAUAUCAUCGUUUUAAAAAAUUUAAAGCCAAGGGUUCUUAGGGGGAUUAAAUCUAAUGGAAUGUUAUUAGCCACUGAGGUUUCAAAACUCGCUGAAAAUAAGAGUGAGAGUGAGAGUGAGGUUAAGAAGGAUUGGAGUAAUGUUAAAGUUGAACCAAUUUACCCACCAUUAUCUUCAAAUCUUGGCGAUGAAUUGUUUUUCAAACCGUUUGUUAGAGAUGAAAAUGAACCAAUUAAAUCUCUAAGAGGAAGAAGUACCUUAGUCAAAAGUGUUUUUGCGAAAUUUAGAAUCAACAAUGAUCACAAGUUUAUUUAUAAACAUGAUGACACAGAGAUUCCAUUAACGAGUUUACAUGAUGACAACUCAUCUGCUUAUACAAAAGAUAUCAAAAAUUCAAUUGUUCAUUAAAAUUAGAUUUAAUUUUACAUUGAAGAAAAGAAAUUAAAUCAAAAACAAAAAAACAA